UGUUCUUUAAUGUUGCUCACAAGAUGCUGAUAGAUGCGGUGGACUCAUGAAAGACUAGCCUGUUGUAAGGAAAAUAGCUAAAUACAUACUUCUGUUUUAAUUCGGUUUUGAGUUAUCAUGUCUAAAAGACACCGUUUGGAUCUAGGGGAGGACUACUCAAGUAAGAAGAGGUCUGAUGGGAAAGACAGAGAUCGAGAUAGGGACCGUGAUGAGCGAUCCAAAGACAGGGACCGCGACAGAGAAAGAGAUCGUGACCGGGACCGAGAUAGGGACAUUAAGUCAUCUGUCGUACCACCUAACCACUUGUUGGCUGGGGGAGGCAUGCUCCCCCUUAAGCAGACAGCUAUGCAGCAGCAGAUCAAUCCAUUUACCAACCUGCCCCACACGCCACGCUACUACGAGAUCCUGAAGAAGAGGCUGCAGCUACCUGUGUGGGAGUACAAGGAGCGUUUCAAUGACAUUCUGGCACGCCACCAGAGCUUUGUGCUUGUUGGAGAGACGGGCUCUGGGAAAACCACACAGAUUCCCCAGUGGUGCGUAGACAUGGUGAAAGGUUUGGGUGGCCCCAAGAAGGCGGUGGCCUGUACCCAGCCCAGGAGGGUGGCUGCUAUGAGCGUUGCCCAGAGAGUCGCAGACGAGAUGGAUGUCAUGCUUGGUCAGGAGGUGGGCUACUCCAUCCGAUUUGAGGACUGCAGUUCUGCUAAGACCAUACUGAAAUAUAUGACCGAUGGUAUGUUGCUUCGGGAAGCCAUGAAUGACCCCUUGCUGGAGCGGUAUGGUGUGAUCAUCCUGGAUGAGGCCCACGAGAGAACGCUAGCUACGGAUAUCCUGAUGGGAGUCCUAAAGGAGGUGGUCCGACAGAGAUCAGACCUCAAGGUGAUUGUGAUGAGUGCCACAUUAGACGCUGGGAAGUUCCAGGUGUACUUUGACAGCUGUCCUUUGCUGACCAUUCCCGGACGGACACACCCCGUGGAGAUCUUCUACACACCUGAGCCCGAACGGGACUACCUAGAAGCUGCCAUCCGAACGGUUGUCCAGAUCCACAUGUGUGAGGAAGAGGAGGGGGACUGUCUGCUAUUUCUCACCGGACAAGAGGAAAUUGACGAAGCCUGUAAACGUAUCAAACGGGAGAUAGACGAUUUGGGACCUGAAGUCGGGGAUAUCAAAGUCAUUCCACUAUAUUCCACAUUACCUCCCCAGCAGCAACAGAGAAUCUUUGAGUCUGCACCCCCGAGGAAGCCCAGUGGUGCAAUAGGAAGAAAGGUUGUGGUUUCCACAAACAUCGCUGAGACAUCCCUUACCAUUGAUGGUGUGGUGUUUGUGAUUGAUCCCGGUUUUGCCAAGCAAAAGGUUUACAACCCUCGUAUCAGGGUGGAGUCUCUUCUUGUCACAGCCAUCAGUAAAGCUUCGGCCCAGCAGAGGGCCGGCCGUGCAGGCAGAACUCGACCGGGGAAGACUUUCCGCCUCUACACUGAGAAAGCCUACAAGACAGAGAUGCAGGACAACACUUAUCCCGAGAUUCUCCGGUCCAAUUUGGGAUCUGUUGUGUUGCAGUUGAAGAAGCUGGGUAUCGAUGACCUGGUCCACUUUGACUUCAUGGAUCCACCAGCCCCGGAGACUCUGAUGCGGGCGCUUGAGCUGCUCAACUACCUUGCUGCGCUUAACGACGACGGCGACCUGACAGAACUGGGCUCCAUGAUGGCAGAGUUCCCCCUGGAUCCCCAGCUAGCCAAGAUGGUGAUUGCCAGCUGCGAGUUCAACUGCUCCAACGAGAUCCUCUCCAUCACUGCCAUGCUGUCAGUCCCGCAGUGUUUCGUCCGCCCCACCGAGGCUAAGAAGGCGGCGGACGAGUCCAAGAUGCGGUUUGCCCACAUAGACGGAGACCACCUGACGCUCCUCAACGUCUACCACGCUUUCAAACAAAACCAUGAGUCCACACAGUGGUGCUACGACAACUUUGUGAACUACCGUUCACUCAUGUCUGCUGACAAUGUUCGCUCGCAGCUGUCCCGGAUCAUGGACCGCUUCAACCUACCCCGCCGCAGCACGGAAUUCACCAGCAGAGACUAUUACAUCAACAUCCGCCGAGCACUCGUCACAGGCUUCUUCAUGCAGGUGGCUCAUUUGGAGCGCACAGGCCAUUACCUCACAGUAAAGGACAACCAGGUAGUUCAGCUGCAUCCUUCCACAGUCCUGGACCAUAAGCCAGAGUGGGUGCUCUACAAUGAGUUUGUCCUCACCACGAAGAACUAUAUUCGCACCUGCUCAGAUAUCAAACCAGAAUGGCUGGUAAAGGUUGCUCCUCAGUACUAUGAAAUGGGCAACUUCCCACAGUGUGAAGCCAAGAGGCAGCUGGAGCGAAUUGUUGCCAAACUCCAGACCAAGGAGUAUUCCCAAUAUUGAAUGACAGCUAAUGGAUAGAGAAGAUUGGCAUAAUUCAUACUUAAGUUGUAUCCUUAAUGUUUCUCUUUGAUUGGACAUUUGAAUUUUAUAACUUCUUUCGUUGUUUUGUCUUUCACUGUUUUUUUUGGCCAUUAAAACAUGUAUAACUGUAAGCAUUUAAGAAUGAUAUCAAUGGUGAAUAUUAGCCUAAUCUGAUAGAGAUUUUCGAAAGGAAUACAAUUAACAUCAUAAAGCAUGAACAUUCAUGUGAAUAUUGGUGACAUACCUUUAGGAAAUUGUGAACCCUGAGAUGAAAUUGUACUUGCCUAGGUUGUCGUUUCUUCAAUAAAGGAGCUUUGACUUGAAUAAAACAAGGAUUAAUAACU